GCAGAGGGAGAGCGGCCGCCGCACAGCAAAUCCAAGACAGUCUUGUCUACAGUGAGACAGAGAGAGGUGGGGGGAAACAGCUGCAAGCGGAUACUCAACAUCAACAAGCUGUAUGAGGCAUCUGUGAAGAAGAAGAGGGGAUUUAUCACGGACAGAGAGGGGGUCCCUUCCGUUUCCCCCCCUCCUUUGCUUUUUGAUUCCAAGAUCAGAGGCGUGGAGCUUGCAAGAAUAUCCUACAAGUGGUGAAGCGAUGCUUUAGCGGAGCAAUUUGGCAGAUUUUUUUUACAACACGCCCGCCCAACGACACUGUAAUUCCGUGCAGCAAUCCCCCAAACAUCUGUGGACGCUUUUCUGCAGGGAGAUGGCUGUUUUCCGGCUGUCGUUGCUGCUGCAAGUGGGAUUUGUGAUCGGAUCAAACCAUAAAUACGCGGAAUGGUCAGCGCAUGGGGAAGAUACCAGAGCACGGGAGGCGAUUUACGGCGCUCAGACGCACCGUCGGCAGCUGGCGCAUCUCCGUGCGCCUUAUCCUCCACCCGGGGAGACGGCGGAGGUGCCGCAGAAAAUCGAGGAGCAUCUCCCCCGGGUGGUCACGGCUUUUCUUCACACGGGGGACUCGACCACAUUAAAGCACGCCAACUGCUCGCGGAGGUACGAGCUCACCUCUCUGCGGGGAAGGUCACAAGCCACCCCGCAUUACUCCAUGAGCAGCGUGUUGGAUACGGUGCUGCACGCCACAAACUUCCUCAACAUGAUCUUGCAAGCCAACAGGUCCAGGGAGCACAGUCUCCGGCGAGACAUUGAGUGGUAUCACGCCUUAGUGAGGAGUAUACUGGAAGGAGACGCCAAGAUUCACCGGGCGGUCGUCACUUUUAACGCGGAUUCGUCCGUGACGGGGCCCUCGGUGCUUCUCCAAGCCACCAGGGCCGGCGGAGAGAUAGUCCUCCAAGACCUCUCCAGCAUGGCUCACCACCAUCUGCACAACCGCACAGUAGACACAGAGUGGUACCACGAUGUCAAAGACAGGAAGAAGCCCAGUUUCCAUAAGAGGGUGCUGAGCCAAGAUAUCAGAUCAGUUGACAAUUCUUUAAAAAGAGGAGAGAGUUUUAUCCCGGACAAGACGCAUGUCAAAUGGUCUGCGCCCUACCUGGAGUGUGAGAAUGGGAAUUUUGUUCCCCGUUGGCUUUUGACCUUAUCGGCUGCUUUCUAUGGCCUGAAGCCCAACCUGGCUCCUGAAUUCAGGGGCGUGGUGAGAGUGGACAUUAAUCUGCAGGAUGUUGAUAUCGACCAGUGCUCCACUGACGGCUGGUUUGCUGGAACUCAUCGAUGCAACCUGACCACUAUGGAGUGUUUGCCGAUCCAUGGUCAUGGAUUUGUCUUGGACAAGUACACGUGCCACUGCAAGAAGGGAUUCUACCACCCCAACAGAGUGGCUGUCAACGGCUUUACAAGGAUGGGAAGAAAGGGAAAGGUUGCAGACAGCGGCCCCAAUGCUGACGAGGGGUCCUCCAGCGACUGCCUGCCAUGCCAGCAGGGCUGCGCCUACUGCAAGGACGACACCCCCUGUGUGGCACGAGAAGACGGUGCUCUACGCUUGGCUGUGCUCUCCUUCCAGUGCCUCUGCAUGCUGAUUGUCUUUGUUAGCAUGAUACUCAUCUACCACUUCCGCAGGAAUAAGAGCAUCAGAGCAUCAGGUCUAGUGCUACUGGAGGCCAUCCUGUGUGGAGCUCUGCUUCUCUACUUUCCGGUCGGGAUUCUCUAUUUCCAGCCGAGUGUUUUCCGCUGCAUCCUGCUGAGAUGGGUUCGACUGCUGGGUUUUGCCACCGUCUACGGGACACUGACUCUUAAGUUGUACAGGGUGCUGAAGGUGUUCCUCUCCCGCACCGCCCAGAGAAUCCCCUAUAUGACCAGCUGGCGAGUGUUGCGUCUGCUGGGCAUCAUCCUGCUCAUCGUCUGCUGGUUCCUGGUGGCUUGGACAUCUGCCGUCUGUCAGAACCCGGACAGGAAGUUGGCUCUCAUUGACGUGGGCUACACGCCUGAUGGGCUGCAGUUCAGCAUGUGCCUGCUGGAUCGCUGGGACUACAUGAUGGCUGUUGCUGAGUUUCUCUUCCUGCUGUGGGCAGUGUAUCUGUGUUACGCCGUGAGGACGGUGCCAUCGGCGUUCCACGAGCCUCGCUACAUGGCCAUCGCUGUUCACAACGAACUUGUCCUGACAGCAAUAUUCUAUGUCAUCAGGUUCACCCUUGCGCCGGAGCUCCAUCCAGACUGGAUGCUGCUGCUGUUCUUCACCCACACCCACUUAACUGUAACAGUAACACUGGGUCUGCUACUCAUCCCUAAGUUCCUGUUUGCUGGCACCCACAUGAGAGAUGAUAUAGCCUCUGAGGCCUAUGAGGACGAGCUGGACAUGGGUCGCUCUGGAUCCUAUCUUAAUAGCAGCAUCACAUCAGCAUGGAGCGAACACAGUCUGGACCCUGAGGACAUUCGGACACCAGACGAAAUGGGCCAUCUCAGUUCUAUUAAUGGCUGUGGCGUAAGGUCUUGCGACAGUCUUUGGGAAAAACGUACCAACGAGGAGCUGAAGAAACUCUACUCCCAGCUGGAGAUUUACAAGAGGAAGAAGAUGCUGGCUAACAACCCUCAUCUUCAGAAGAAGCGGAGCUCCAAGAAAGGGUUGGGUCGCUCGCUGAUGAGGCGCAUCACUGAGAUUCCAGAAUCGGUGCACCGGCAAUGCAGCCGUGAAGAUAAGGAGGGCGGAGAACAUGGGAGCAACCGUAACAGCAUUUGUAUGCUGAAGAAGAACCCUUUCGAUCCAGCUCACCCAGGAAAGCCAGCGAAAGAGGAGACUCUUAAGAACAAGGUUUUCUCCCUCAAGAAGUCUCACAGCAGCUACGACCACGUCCGUGACCAGAGUGAGGACUCCAACAGCUCAGCGACAGACAAGAUGGAGGUGACCCCAGCUGAAGGCUCUCUCCUGGAUACACUUAUGGGCAAAAAGCUGGUCAAGAAGAAGUCCAGUGAGAAUAUAAGCGCCCCCAGUGAAUCUACGGAAUCAGUUCCUUUGGUGUGUAAGUCAGCCAGUGCCCAUAACCUCACUGCAGACAAGAAACCGAUUCACCCCAGAGCCUCUAUGCUGCAGAAGUCCCUCAGUGUCAUUGCCAGUGCCAAAGAGAAGACUUUGGGCUUGACAGGAAAGACCCAGAGCACAGAGGACAGCAAUAAGAAGAGUCAGCCAAAGAGCAAAGACACAAAGGCCAAUGCAGAGUCGGAAAACGAGUGCCAACCCAAAAUGAUUAUCAGUCAGUCGGUUGAGUACAAACAGACUGCGACAGCAGGCAGGAUCAUGAAACAGCCGGUGAGCGGUAGCCAGCCUACAAUCUGCUCUGAUCCAGUCAAGGGAAAAGACCUCUAUGAUCUCUCUGAAGUGUGUCCCUGGGAGGUGGAGGAUCUCCCAACUCCGUCUGAAAACAAGGUCCAAAAGCAUGUAUCUAUUGCACCAAAGGAAACCACGACGGUUCAUGGGGGUAGCACCAAGGGAGGCAAAUCUCAUCAGCAGAAGCAGAAAGCUUCUGAUCAUCCUCCGUCGAGUAGAAGGCAUUCAAAAGAACUACAGAGGUCAACCGCUGUACGUGCAGAUGUAUGUCCGUGGGAGGAUGGAGGUGAAAGUCAAGGCAGUCAAGUGGAAGGAUCCAAGCAACAAACAAACAGUCAGGCUAGCAAACCUGCUAAGACACAGCAGCCGCAUUCUACAACAGAGAGCUCCAAAACGAAUCGGAUGGAUGUUUGCCCAUGGGACUUUGAAGAGGCUCAAAAGACAACAGAGACAGCUCGAUCACCGGAUAUGACAUCACAAAGAAAAAGCCCCUCUCCUGUGGAUGGGAGAGGGAGAAGUACCCUUUCAGAUCCAUCCAAAGCAGGAGGCUCGCUCCAGCCACCACCUUCAAAAGCUGAUGUCUGUCCCUGGGACUUCGAAAGCACUGCCGUGUCUCCAAAUUCUGAGAGGACGCCUAGUCCCUCUCAAGUACCCAAAACCAAGGAAUCCCCAUCAAACAAGAAGGGUACCCCUUCCACAAGAACAGUUGAGAAAGAGAAAUCAAAAGACGCUGAUGAUGAGAAAAGUAGAACAAAAGCGAAAGACAAGAGUAAAUCUUCAGAGAAACACGUGAGCCAGCAAAAAAUGGCUGAGGUAUGCCCGUGGGAUGUAGAGAGUCAUCAGGAAGUGCCAGUGGUAGAAAAAAGGAAAAGCGCGAAUGUGGGAGCAGCCAAAGCAAAGCCGGCUGAAGUCUGUCCGUGGGAUUUUGAGGAUACAUCAGAUAAAAAAGGUACAGACAAAAGUGCUUCAGUAGUGAAACAGAGCAGUCCAAAUCCUAAAGGCGGAGCUCCGAGUGCUGCCAAAAAGGCAGAUGUUUGUCCCUGGGACUUUGAGGAUAGCACAUCGAGCAAGAAGGCAUGACACUCAACCUUAACGGACCACUGAAAUUAUAGUUAUUGAUGUAUACUUUUUUUCACUUUGAAAUCGUUAAAUAUUUACUAUUAGUGCGGUGACUUGGAAGAAAAGUUGAUCAAGUUCCACAAGUUGCCUUCCUUUCCAAGGUUUUGUUCCUGUUUUACCUAUUUUGAAAAUAAGUAAAAUGUACAAAAAAACAAAACAAAGUCAUGACGAGCAUUCCAGAUUAUUACAGGAAGAUCCUGAAGAUAAAUCUUAGACUAAUUAUGCAACUUUUGAUUCAGCCUUUUCACUUCACGAGCAAUGUUGGAAAAUCUGCAUUUAUCAUGUAUUCUGUACUCAGUCAUAAAUUCUUACAUGGUUCUUUUUGUCUAUAAACAUCAUCACUUAAUGGAUAUGACAUGAGAAAAGGAUUUGUAGAGAAAAGUAAGGUUGAUGUACAAAACAGCAAAAGUGAAAGCCAAAGAAAAAGGGAACAUUUGCAAAGAGGGAUGUUGGUUUUAAGGCGGUAAAGUUAAUUUAUUAGUUUGUGUCCAACUCUUGGCACAGCGAGAAGGACUCAGUGAGGAUAUCAGUCUAUAGCACUUUAGCCAACUCCAUAAAUUAAGAACUGAGGACAGACUCUGUUCCUCUUGUACAUUUUGUCUUCUUAUUUUCAACUUCACGGCAUGAUUCCACACAGGAUAUCACACGCCGACCAAACUUAGACAUGUUUUUGUUUAGAUCUAUUUAAUUGUAGUUCUCGGCAGAUUAAAAUGCUUCCAGGUCUGCAGAGAUGUACUGUAUGUGCCUAACUUACUAGCAUUGUCUUGUAUCAGUCUGAAGUGAAGCAAGUGGCUUCUCCUUCAGCACUUUUGUGACGGUGAAUUAUAUAAACAGCAUGCACAGCCAGGUAUCGAGAGUAGUUGGACCCUACCAGUUUGUCAACUAAAACAGUUAAUGUGUUGACAAAUACAUAAUGAUGUUUCUUUUCUCCUUUUCCUGCUUUCAUAUUUCCAGAAGCUCAUUCAGGGUGGUGACGAUUAUAUGAGAGCAGCAUUAACAUGAAUGUGUGACAAAAUGGCUCAUAUGUACACUGUAAAAAGUAGGAAUAGAUAAGUACUGGGGGAAUACUGAGGAAAUAAUUUGCACCAGCUUUCUUUAUAAAUCCAGCAUGGGUCUUUGUGUUGGCUUGCACCAAGUGUGUGUGUGUGUGUCUGUGGACACAAUAUCAUGAAUUUAAAGUGAAAAUGUAAUUCUGUAGUUGAACCUCUGGAGUCUCAUACAUCAUCAAGUCUUGGCAGCGCUCUCUGUCCUUACACUCCCACUGUCUCAAACACCCAAACUAAAAAAAGGUGAGCAGGUAACGAUUUUAUUUUCAGACAGGGAACAGAUAGAAGCUGAUGCUUAAAGGAUAGUAUCGCUUAAUUAUAACUAGGGUCUUAUUUUCUAAGUUUUGGAAAUUAUUCCAAUCGGUAAUAACAACAUUGUACUUGCUGAGACCUGGAAUCUAGCUAUCUGCACUACAGAAAAGUCCAAUGUAGCAAGAAACACAAGUAGUCAGAUAGAUAUACAUACAGUAUAAAAUGUAUCAUUUUACCUUUGACCUACCAUACUUACUGUUUCGUCUUGACAUAGUGGUCCUGUGAGGCCCUGACACACCAAGCCAACUGUCGGCCAUUGGUCAACCAUACACAACAACUACACUACAACAACAGCAAUAUUACCAUCCACACUGAAGAGCGAUAACACUGUAGUUGUGGUCCACAACCCACUUGACUUAGAACAAUUUAUAAACCCAUAUAAUUGUAGUUUGUCAUAGUUUUUCAUUCUUGAUGUGGACGGCCCUUAAAUAACAGCUAAAAAGCUCUAACUGGUUGAUUGUUUUUCCAAUGGAGGGAAACAGCCGUCAGUUACCACAAGAUGUCAUUAAUUGUGUAAUAAAUUGAAGACGUACAGCAGGUGGCGAUUUAGAGACCUAGAACCAGUCUCAGAGUAUCCCUAACCUUUUAGGUGCACUCACUCACAUAUUUUAACAUGAAAUAAUAAUUGCUCUGAUAAUUUGGCUAAACCUGUCUAAUCACAUGACCAGUUGUGUUUCCUGUCUUGUCAGACUUAAUUACUUUGUUUACGUUGGUGAGUACAAUGUUGUUAUAACUAAUAGAAACAGUGGUCAUUACACCAAAAAUAAAACCCAAGUUUCUUUAAAGCAGAGCUAUCCUGUAAUAUUUAGAUAUGAUAAUAUCACUAUAGCACCAAUAUACAGCAGUAGUAUCCUUUCAUAUUUGAAAUAUCAGAGUGUAAGCACUAUACUGCCAUCAGUUUUUUCUGUACGUUUCUUUAUUGAAAGUUCACAAAUAGCGUAAGACAUCUUCCCAGUUUAAAGGGAAACUUUGUUAUUUUUGAACCUGUAGCUUAUUUUCCCGUUUUUGUGUCUAAGUGACUACUGGGAACAACAGUUUUUAAAAUUGGUCCAGCAGCAACUGAAACAGGCUGUAAAAUAACCACCUGGGGCAUGUUGACACUGUCAAUGUGCGUUCAGUAAAGGUGCUUGUUUUUGCCACUGACAGGCUCAGAUUGUGAUUCUAAGUGUCUGACAACGUUAUGGAAAGGAUCCUCACAGAGACAAAGCUUCUUGUUAAAGACGACAUUUGACGCCCAUUUGAACAGGUUCCGUGUUUGGCUUUCAAAUGGUGAUGACUUACUUGUAAAUGAAUGAAAACACAUUGAAAUCCUCAUAAAUAGAUAGUCAGGUUUCUAAAGAUAUAUGACAUGUCUAUGUUUCAUGUAGGUUGGUGGAGUGUAACGUUAAUUUAUAAUCACCUGGCAAGAUUUAAUUUCUUUAUUCAAAUAAUUCCAUGGGUAGCCUUAAAAUGUUCUAUAAGGGUGGUUCUAUUAGGCGUUAUAUGAGGUAAAGAAAGGUCUGCCUCUUUAGGGACCAUUUCCAUAAUGUUGUCAGAAACUUCUAACAAUCUGAGCCUGUCAAUGACAAAAACAAGCACUUUUAGUGGACACAAAGUGAUGAGGUGCAAAUACAGAGUGGACUGGUUUCAUUGUAGCCUGUUUGGUGGCUGCCUGCUGCAACUCUGUCACUUAACACUGGACCUGUUUCAAAAAUUGUUGGCUCCAUAAAUCACUAAGACACAUGGGAAAAUAGGGUCGUGGUUGAUAAAUAGUAAAGUUACCCUUUAACACAAGCAGGCUAAUGCCCCAUUGAUUAAUUAAGAUGAUCAUUUGAUAAUUAGGCUUCACAAUGUGGUUAUCAAUAAUAAUCUGACUAAACCUUUCGAGGGAUUUGAUUUGUUCGAUGUUUUGUAUCAAAAUGUCUAAAUAUUCAUCAUCCAGUAUCCAAGUGAAAAAAAGAGAAAUCUCCCACGUACAUUUAAACUGUUAAAACACCUGACAAUAACUGCAGUGGUGAGGAAAACUAUGUAUCAAUAUAGCAUCUACGGUAUCUUGUGAGAAUUACAUGGUAUCACUGAAUGUUGUCACUGAUUGUAAUUAUCUAUAAUUGCUGUCAAAUUCCUCAAUAUCCGAAUCUCUGUAGGAGUCCUUACUAAAUGUCAGUGCUUGUCAGUGAGAAUUUCACAAAGUCCUAUUUGAUUAAACACAGUACAAGUGCUAAAUUUCUUUGGAUCAAAAUAAUCCAGUGACAAAUAUUUGUAGCCUUCCUUGUCCGAUUGUGUUUAAUUCUACAGCUAGCCUCUCUAUAAAAAUGAUUUAGAUGCUAUGUCUUAUAUCUCUGAGAAAUGAUCUCCACCACUAACCUGCUGGGGGCUUGUCUGAAAUAUUUCAAGCAUGGAGUGUUUGCCCCACAGCACGAGAUUUGUCAUCGCCUCUGUUUUAUGAGCUCCUUUAGGAAAGACAGUAACUGUUGACGUGCAUUGAUUGAUUGUAAAUGAUAUGAUGGAUCUAUGUGAUAUUUAUGAACCUCAUGUUAGGCGUCAUCCAUCACAUGCAUUGUGGUAGUGAAUGCAGGAUCAUACCACUGGACCCCUGGUCAGACAACGACAUUUCAGAAACCCUUUCCUUUCUUUUAUUUCUUUUUUAAAGUGACUUUGGAACCACUGCCGCACUGGAACUUACUGCCCUGGGUGAUAAAUAAUAUGCUGUAUGUUUUUAAAAUGAGCUGCUUGCUUUGUCCUCACAGGAAAGUUAUUUUAACUGUUUAUUUCAUGAUUAUUUUGAAAUCCCAAGCUCAUAGGCUCUGAAACAAGUUUGAUUUCGCUAAAGUUCAGUCCAUUUGUUAGAAAAAAUAGAACCAUAACAAGCAAUAUAUUAUGACAAGCUAGUGUCGAUACUUAAUUUAUUCAGGCAUGUAUUUAUUUCAACCCCAUUUCACUCCAAACUCAUCAAAUAGCAACACUUGGUCAGUGGCCCUCAGCGUCAGAUAGUGACUCACAGAGGCAUCCUUUAGCAGCAGUGUGAAACACUGGGUGGCUUCAUUUUUUUAAGCUCUGAGCAACUACCGAAGAAUAAAGACGAGAAAGUCGGCACAGGGCUGGCGGGUCAACAAAUUCCAGACUUUCUCAGGGGAGACUGCUGUUUGUGUCCUGGGAGAAAUGUCAGAAACCUUACAUCACGUUAGUCACAAACCAUGUACUGCCACGUUGUCAGUGAUUUCAGCGUCAGAGACCGAUGCAGAGAGGCUCCUUUUGCUGCAGUUUGAUACGCACCAGGCGCCUCAGUUUUAGAGGCAGUGGGCAACAACCCAAGUCGUCACAUACGGCUGCUCUGUGAGUGGACAUUGCCGUUAGCCAUGAAUGCAGAGAGACACCCUUUGUGGCUGUAUGAUACGCCCCAGUUAUGUCAGUUUGUAAUGCUGCCAGCAACUACUGUAAAAUAAAGAGCAAGAUAGUCCAUUUGGGGCAGGCAAGAGGGGAGGUAGACGGGAACAACAAACUUUGGACUUUCACGUGGGAGUCUGCUGUUCAUUUCCUGUGUAAAUUUAAAGCCAAACCAUCGUUUUUUGUAACCUGACCAUGUGCAUUUGUUGCCUAACCUUAAAGAACAAUACCAAAAUCAAGGUGUUUCACUAAGAUAGUAAGUUUAUUGGGAACCAGACUAUGUAUGCAACGAGCAGAAACUGAACAUUUCCUGUUAAAACGGAAGUGUAUUUUGAAAUAAGAAGAUGUAUUACACAAGUGUGAAUUGACACACCAUCCAUGAACUUCCCAACGCGUCAUAUUUAGAUGCGAAGGUCGACUGACAAAGCAGUGGUAUUUGACGAGAUGGGAUAAGAACAUGUUACGGAGUUUGACGUGUACGACCACUGACCAAGCGUCAGUAUUUGACGAGUUGGAAUUGAGAAUGUUUUGUUUAUUUACACACUGGACCCAUGAGAUUUCGAUUACAGUCAUUCUGUCUUAGAGCAGAAAAUAACAAUGCAAUAUCCCACCAUUACACUAUGAAAGACGUCACGUGCUCGGUUCAAUCUACGCCAUUGUUUAAUUUGCAUAAUUUCAGGUAGUGUGCUUGCUGUAGCAUCCCUCAGUUCAGUCAGUCCAUAGCUGUGUGUGUACUAACUUGUGUAUACAUAACCGGUGUCUGUUUCUCCGCAGAUGAUCAUUGUAUUUUAGCUGUAUCAUCAAUGAAUCAGUGAAAGUCUGAAUCCCAAAUGGAGCCCAUUGUUCCUUUUAUCCAUCUCGACAUAGGCGACACGGUGUCCCGUAGCUCUUUGUCCACCAGUCGGAUCUUUACUUUCCAUGGUGCGUUCUGUUGGCUAGCUGCUUUCAUUUCAACCUGACUUCUCUUCUCUUGUGACCAAACCAAGUCACCCGACAACAAACACAACUACUACUAUUGCUACUACUACUAUUCAAUGAUGUAACGUCGUAAAUCUUGCUCUUGUGGCUUCUGCAUGAAUUCAAGAAAAAAAUAAAUAAAUAAUAGGACCGAUGUUUCACUGCCCUUGAUAGAACAAAAAAGAAAAAAAAUUGAUCUUUUAUGGACUGUUACAAGUUGUAUAGUGAGUGAUACUGUCCCUAAACCACUGUAUUAUGUGCUUGUUAUAACUAUUGCUCUAUGACAAGCUUAUAGCAUCAAUAUAUGGGAAUAUUUGGUAGAUUUAUAUUGUGUUAUAUUGUGAUAGCAUGUACAUAAAAGAUACC